AUGCAAGCCAACCACAUUGACGCCGUCUAUGAAGCAUGGCGCGAUGAUAAAGGUGGGCUCUGGCAUACACGACAACUUGAAAAAUGGACUGACAUAAAAUUAGUACAAAAAAUAAAAUGUAUGACCUACAUCACAGAGCAAACAAAAACGUGGCAGGCUACACUCAAAAGACGAGAAAGUUAUCGAAAUGAGAUUAAUGGAUGCCCGUAUUCCCACGGAUCUCCAUUACCAAUAUUAGCACAUUUUGAUGUUACGAUACCAAUUAUGCCCACUUUAAACAAACCGGACAUAAAAUGUUUUGAAGAUGGAUUCAAACAAAUUUGUGGAGCUGCUAAAUUGAAAAUCCACGCUUUGAUCUAUGAAAAAAUGGCGUUUGAACUCGAAUUUUUAGCAGAAGCACAAAAAACAACUUUUGCAACACUAGAAAAUUGCUAA